UCUCUCGGAUCCACGGAAGAAAUCAGACUGCCUCCUACUGGCAGGAUAUGGAUAUAACCCCAAGCAGCACUAGCAUGGCGGGGAAGAGAGACGCGUAACACGAUUGAAACCUCUGCAGGCUCGCGUAUGUUUUUAUGGAACCAAACUCUAAGUUCUGUCAAACAUCUGUACGCGGGGCUGCCAGAUCUCACGUAUUUGGGCCACUGCUCAUUUCCCACAGUCGUUAUUUCCUAUUUUGGGAUCAUUCAAAGCCACCAUCGGCCUGUCUGGCUCUCUUUGGCCCUGUAGGCUUGACUGCCAUGGCAGAGCGUCUGUCUGGGAGCGAGCUGGACUACCCUUACAGGCUGCUGGAGUAUCUGAAUGGCUUCAGAGUCUCAAAGGUGAUUUUCUCUGCCUGUGAGCUGGGGGUCUUUGACCUUUUGGCGCAAUCCCAGAAGCCUUUGAGUGCAGAGACCGUGGCCCAGGAGCUGGACAUCAGUGCAGAUGGUGCCGAGAGGCUGCUGGAUGCACUGGUGGGCGUCGGCAUCCUAGAGGUGGAAGCCGCGGAGGAUAAAGCCCUGUACAGCGCUACAGACGUGUCCAACACGUACCUGACCAAGACGGGAGGCAAAUCGCUCCACGGCAUGACUGUUUACCUCUCCCAGACUGUCUACCCGCUCUGGGGAAAUCUGACUGAGACUGUCAGGGAGGGGAAGAAUCAGAAUGAGAAAACCUUUGGCAUUCCAUCUGAAGACAUUUUCAAAGCCAUAUACAGGUCUGAUGAAGAGAUGCUGAAGUUCAUGGGGCUAAUGAACUCUGCCUGGGCCAUUGAUGGACAUGAUGUAGUGACCGCAUUCGACCUUUCGCCCUUUAAAACAGUCGUCGACCUUGGAGGCUGCGGGGGGGCCUUAGCUCGGGAGCUGGCCCGGGAAUACCCCUCAGCCGACAUAUCCGUGCUGGAUGUUCCCAGGGUGGUGCAAGCAGCCAAGCAGCACUUUUCACAGCCGGACGACACCAUCCGCUUCGUGGAAGGCGACUUCUUCUCCGGAGAGAUUCCGGCAUCGGACUUGUACAUCCUGGCACGGAUCAUCCACGACUGGAAAGAGGAAAAGGCUCUGCAGUUGCUGCAGAAGGUCCACCGAAGCUGCAGACCAGGCGGUGGGGUCCUGAUCGUCGAGGCCCUGCUGUUUGAGAACAAAAGGGGCCCCAUUACAGCACAGAUCUUCUCCCUCAACAUGAUGGUGCAAACGCAGGGGAGAGAACACCCCCCCUCGCACUAUCGCCACCUGCUGUCUGCUGCAGGCUUCCACAACGUCCAGGUGCAUAGGACAGGAAAGUCGUACGACGCCAUACUGGGGACCAAAUGAGUCCCAGUUAUGUGUUGUAUGCACUGGGUCCCAAUUGCACUGAGUUACCAUGAAAGUGGGCUUGUUCAUACUCUCUUAAAAAGGAAUGGGUGGACAUCUCAACAUUUCCUCUACUCCAGAGCCUAUCCCAGGGCCUCUAGGAUUUACCCUACCCCAUCCCAUAAUCCUCUGGGACAGUUCCCCUGGGGCUAUUGCUUACUGUAACCACACCUUUCUAUUGACGUGAGGAUUUCACGUUUGCUAAACAUUGCAGUCCAGUAUGUUAAUAAAACAUGCAAGAUAA